CACACACCCGGAGUGCCACUCUGGUUGUCUCUGUGUCGUGUCGUCGUUCACCAGUGCCACGUCGCUCAGCUCCAAUACUUGAGCCCUGGCGGAGUGGCCGACGUAUGUUCCUGCGACUUUAUAUGAAAGCAAAAACUCAGAGGAAGAGCAAAUUUUGGACGAUAGUAUGUGUGGUGCGGCGACUCCGUGACUCGGCGAGAUGGACAUUGUACAUGAUAUAUAAGUGACACGUUUUACCAAGGAAUAGGUCAACACACUGUUAAAAGAGUUUGUUGAUACUGACUCGUGAGCGAUCUACGAAUAAAAAACUGACUGUAUUGUAAGACUGAUAAAGGUUUGGCACUUAAACUAUAUGUGCCAACUAUUUCCCAAAGUGUCAUCUUAUUUCAACGUGGCAUUGGCACCCACUAAGACUAAGUGACAAGAGGCUAUGAUAAGUAAGGUGACCUGAUGACCCCUCCUGAGGUCACAUCCCUUUAACAGUGAAGACACACGAGCUGUCAUGUUGACCUCACAGUGAUAUUUGACCUGUUUUCAAGGAUCCGUCAAUAAACAUUAAUGUGACCGUGUGUCAGUAUAUUUCAUAACAGAACGAAUUUGUGGAAUCGUAUACAGUUCUGUCAUAUAUAUUCCACAGAUUCCCCAACCAGUUGAAAAAUACAUACCGGUAAUAUUUUUCUUCCGGUAAUAUAGUUUAAGAUGUCAUCGUCGCCCCCUCCCCGCCUCACCAUGGCCAGUGACUCGUUCUCCAUCGAAUCUCUCUUAGCCUCCCGCAGGCCCUCGUCUCAGCCUCCACCACACAGCCUCACCCCUCACCCCUCUCCUCCACUAUCUGCACUCAUCCCAGCCCUCACGCCAGCCCUCACGCCAGCCCUCACACCGGACUCUCAAUCUCAUCUCGACUCACAUCCCCAGCUCAUCGGAUGCCCCAAACCCAACAUUCGACGAGAUGCUUCGCCCCAGCCCUCAGACUUAACCACCCCGAUCUUUCUGACCAACCUAAGAGCCAGCUCCGAACCUCCUAGGGCUACAGCCAGGGUGGAGGGCCACACCACGACGGGGGAGGACGGGGAAUUGGAGGAGGAUGUGGAGGAUGAGCUGAGAGAAUGCGACGAGGGGGAAGACGAUGUGGUGGUUGACGAUGGUGGCAGUUCUCACUCUAUGGAGGGUGAGGGAGGGGUGUCUACCUCGUCUUCCAGGUGUGAUCCUCAGCACAGCGAUGCAGAGGACUCCCGGACGAGUGAGGAACGCAAGAAGCGGCCUCGCACCGCCUUCACAGCCUCACAGAUCAAGGCACUGGAGCAGGAGUUUGAGAAGAAUAAGUACCUGUCCGUCAGCAAGCGACUCCAACUCUCCAAGCAGUUGAAACUCACCGAGACGCAAAUCAAGAUAUGGUUCCAGAAUCGACGGACGAAAUGGAAGAGGAAGUACACAAACGACUUAGAACUGAUGGCACAACAGUAUUACUCCGCUCUGGGGGUCCUCAGCCCACGGCCCAUGGUGGUCGGUGAUAGACUGUGGCUCUUCAACUACUCCAUGGGACACCCAAAUCAGCACACAGUGGGUCUCCACGGCAGCGGCCUGCCCCUUCUCCCUUCACCUCUCCCCUCACACGCCCUGCCUCACCUCCCGCCCCAAUGCCUCCCCUCACUGCCUCUUCCGUCCUCAUUGGUGGCCUCCUCUUGUGAACGACCAAUCAUACACCCAAGUCCAAUUAACCCUUUGGCUGACCGCCACUUGGUUGGUGAAACACACGGUUUGCCUCCGAGUUCGUUGUCUCCCAUUGGCUCCGGGUCACUGCCCACUCUUACGUCAUCGAUGUACACACACGGCUCCACCAAUCACCUCUCGGCCCUCACCUCACUCCAUAACACUAUCAACAACCUCGGACAUUCAAGCCAACAGGAAAACCGGUCUGGAGUAUAGAACCACCAAGUCCACACAAGGAUAAAAUUAUAGUUAAUUACACAUAAUUUAUAGUUAUUAACUUUUCAGAUAUACAACUGAUUGUAAUGAUUGUCUUCCAUUGUUUUGGAAUAUUAUGAAAUUAAAAACUGAUUGGGAAAAAAGGUGUUUGUGAAGCUUCCAACUGGCAACAUCAUGUCAACGGAUAACAUUUGUUGCUGAAGUUGUUGGCGAGCUACAUCACCAGUGAAGGAUAUUCUAACGUAAGGCUUAAUUUGUGCGAGAUAAUUCCACCCAUUUCUCUAAUAAAGAUAAUUACGAGAUA